AAGCUCUGGGCUGAGGAAGCAACCAAAGCAAGGCUUGGCUGGAUCUUAAAUUUUCUGCGCACACUGGGACUAUUGGAACUAAAGAAUAGACCACUUUUACAUUAUUUCACUAUUUGAGUGUCUUUAUCUAGGAGAAUAACUGCUGGUGACCUUUCUUUGUGUUUAGAUGAAAAUGAGAAGCUUUUCUUUCGUUUCUCUUGAUCUUUGUUCUCUACAUUUUUUAAAGUGAAAUGCCAAAUGGUUUGGGAUUCGUCACCUGGGUUUAAGAUGACCCUUCAACAGAAAAGUACCUCCAGCUUGAGAGGAGAUGGCGCUGAGGUGAAAUCUGGGCUGCGGGAAAAAGAGAAGAAAAUGAAAACAGCUAUGCUGCGAAGACACUCUGCGUCCUCUGCAAUCACAAAGGCACUGAGCAAACCGCGAACUCAAAACAGCAGAAACAGUCUUAUUCAGAACUUCUCAACCCAGAGCAGAAUGUUCAUCAUGGAUGAUUGCAUUCGAAUUACUAUGGGGCUUCAGACCCAAGAAAGGCAUCUAUUCCUCUUCACGGACACAUUAAUUAUUGCCAAAUCAAAGUCUUCAGCUAGUUUGAAGGUGAAACAGCAGUUAGAGCUGUGUGAAAUGUGGAUUGCCUCUUGUGUGCAUGAAGUUACCGGGAGGAAAUUGAGUUCUAAAAACUCCUUUGUAAUUGGCUGGCCCACCACCAACUGCGUGGUCUCCUUCAGAUCAAACAACACAAAAGAGAAGUGGCUUUCAGCUUUACAAUGGCACAUCAAUAGAUUAAAACCAGAAGAGCAUCCCAAUAAAAUUGCUAUAAAAAUCAUGUUGUUCUCAGGAAACAGUCCAUCUACAACCACUGUACUUAUCAGCAAUAUGGAUACUACUGAGAAAGUGAUAAGCAUCUCAACUAAACAGCUUGGAAUGCCAGGCAGAUCUGUUGACUACUGUCUCUGGGUCAUUUCUGGGAGAGAGGAAGCUCCAUAUCCACUUAUCGGUCAUGAGUACCCCUUCAGCAUAAUCAUGAACUGCUUACGAAAUCAUGUGGAUCAACCCCACUCAACUGACAACAUCCUAACCUAUGACGUGAUCAUAGAGCAACUACCCAAGGAACAACAGGUCCAGUUCGUCCUUAGAUGGAGAAAAUCCAUACAUAAUCAGUCCCAAAGCAGUGUUCCAGAAAUCUUUCAGAAACACAUUGGAAAGAAAAAGUCUCUCAUCGACUGGGCUUUGAGAAAAGGAAAUAGCAGCUGGUGCGGUGGUGAAUCUCACUUAUCAACUGCACCCAGAAAGUUAUUCGGUCAUUCAUUACCAUCCAUCUGUCACAAUGGAAACCUUCCUAAACCUAUACUGGACAUGCUAAUCCUCCUUUACCAAGAGGGCCCAAGAACAAAAGGAAUUUUCAGACGUUCUGCCAAUGUGAAGACUUGCAAAGAGCUGAAGGAGCGUUUGAAUUCUGGGAGUGUGGUACAGCUGGAGGCAGAGUCGGUUUUUGUGGUCGCAUCUGUUAUCACUGAUUUUCUCCGCAAUGUGCCCGGUAGCGUUCUUUCCACAGAGUUGUAUGAAAAGUGGAUGGAAGUCCUGGAUAUUGAUGGUCAUGAUGAACAGAUCAAGACAAUAAAAGGGUUGCUGAACCAGCUCCCUGAAGCCAACACCUUUCUUCUGCAGCAUCUCUUUUGCCUCCUUUAUCACAUACAGGAGAACUCAGAGGAGAAUCAAAUGAAUGCUUGUAAUCUAGCACUCUGCAUCGCCCCAAAUAUGCUAUGGUUGCCUGUGACUGCAGAUCCUGAGCAAGAAAACAAGUCAACCAAAAAGGUUGCCAGUCUUGUACAACUAUUGAUUGAGAAUACCAACACCAUAUUUGGCCAUGACAUUGAAUCUGUGUUCACAAAUAUACAUGGAAGUCAAGAAAAUUUGGAGGAUGCUUUAGGUGAUUAUUCCCCACAGCAUUACUCUUCAGAUGAAUUUGAUUCGGAGCAGGAAAGACCGAAAGGACUUCACAGUUUUAAUACGGAUACAUGGUUCCUGCCAUUGAAAAAUGACAUUGUGAAAGAAGAGAAGGAGAUGUGGAGUCUUCUGGAUGAAAUGGACAUUUUCAAAUCUCAGUACUGGACAGAGGACAAUGUCUGCUGUAUGGAUCUGGAUGAUAUGCCUAUUUGCUCCAAUGUCUACUCUCCAGUUGAAGGCCAGGGCAUCCAGUCAUCUCGUGGUCGAUGCUCAUCUGAACCCAGCGUUUGCCAGAGCUCACAGAACUUCCUUCACUCUCAUACUACUGUCAUUCGCCAGUCAAGCUACGAUGCGACUCUUAGGCGCGGCCAGGCAAGCUGUUCACAGUACAUGAGUAAGCUGCACCUGGAGGAAACAUCAGGACCCACUGAUGACUUAAGUCCCAGAAUGAGCAAUCAGCCCAAGCAUAUGCUUUGGAGAUCACCCCAGAUUCCGUCAAAGUUCAAAGACCAACAGCUUAGACUCACCUCACCCAAUAUGUCGAGUUUCUCCAGCCUGUCUUCCACAGCCACCUCACCAUCGGCAUCUUCUUUGAGCUCUUUAGAUAGUGCCUUCUCAUAUUGCUCAGACACAGUUUUCACACCCAGUGAUGUCUCCUCCCUAGAUUUUAUGUUCGGAACAUCUGCAAGGUGGCAACCACUAACACCUGAACCUCCUAAAAAGUUCCCCAUGGACUGGACAUUGAAAAGGCCAAUGGCCAGAGACCAUAGCUUGUCAUUUGACUGGUAUACCAAGUGCGAUGAGCAGGAUGAAGAAAAAAAACCCUCUGGAAGGGAAUCCCACAACACAAUUCAUAUUAAAAAUGUGAAGGAAAGUCAAAGUGAACCUCAAUCUGUCAAUAACAGUCUGAAAGCUACCAGAGAUAAGACUGGCCAGGAUCUCAACUAUGAAACUAAUGAAGAUGAGGGGGACACCACAUAUUUACAGAUAACACAGGUACAGGUGCCUGAGAUGUCUACAAAAAUGUAUAUGAAUGAAGAACCUGACGGUUCUCAAGAAGUUUCAAAGGUGCAGAGCCAAGAAACAUGCAUGAAACACAUUCAGUCCAUGAAGCCUGAAAAUCUUAAUGUGGAUAACAUCAAGCAGACGAAAAUCACUCUCUACAUAAAUUCCAACAAGUUAUCAGUGAAAAAUCAAACUUCUCAAGCAGUUGAAGAAAACAGAUUUUCAGUGAAAUUGUCUAAUGCCUCUACAGACUCUCCAGACUUAAAAGGAAUAGUAAGUGAGACUGUCGAGGACCAGGAAUCCCAGGCUGUGUUGUAUGGCCAACAACCUCCUUUAAUUCUACAGUCUGUUUCAACCAAGCAGCCCGAAAACCCAAACACCACAAAUGGUACGUUGCCAGGAACCUCAUCUGAGAGCUGUACUUCCAUAUCAGGUCCAUCCAAAACUUUCACUAAGGCCAGCCAUACAAUAAAGCACACAAUUAGAAUAAAGCUUCCAGCAGCUGUAAAAAGCACUGUCAAGGAGUACUUCAGUCACACUGACAAUAAGAACUGCCAGUCAGAUGUUAAAGGGCCAGAAAGGGGACUGCAUAAAAGUAAAUUGGAAUAUCAAAGUAAAAGUCUUUUGGAUGCAGCUGACGAAGAUGUUUUAAAAUUGAACAAUGGAGACGAUUUUUAGUGUAAUAACACAUUUCUAAUUGAUUCUAACAUUGAUUUAUAGCAUCAAAUUAGUUUUAUGACAAUUAAUUAUCCUGAAUAAACUGCACUUUGUGAAUAUAAUAUUGUGGAAAAAUAGGUACUAUAUAUGGGUAGUGUCACGGGCGUGCAGGACGGAAGAUCGCUCAGGCAGAGCAAGUGAUCAGAAACAGGCAGGCAGGCAGAAAAUGGGGCAAACGAGGGUUUAAUUGGACACACGGACAUCCACUAAGACCAGUAACAUCAAUGACAGACACGGAAACAGGGGAGACCAGGACUUAAAUACAUUAAAGCAGGGCAACAUAAUCAGAUGGGGCUGGAAACAAUCGGGGAAGCACAUGUGGGUAAUCAGGGGGCGUGGCACACAUGAGGAGCGGACGGGUCAGGCAUCACAGGUAGCACCACGGUAUGACUUUUUGAUAAUUUUCUUGGCAUCUGCAUUUGGUCCUAGUCGUGUGCAGAGUUGUGCAGUGCUCACUUUCAAACUCAUCACUAUGCAGCCAUGGAAAAAAUGGAAGAGACCACAGCAGAAUGUUCAGUUUCUCUCAUUUACCAAUCUAUGUGUAAAAUAUACAUUUUUUUUCCAACUCUUUCCUACUCCGCACUGAUGAAGGGUUCCUUUCCUGCUUUAUAGGUCUUCUUGUUUCUAGGAACCUGAUACAAACUUAUCUUAGCAGUGUUCCUCACACCACUUAAUGUUUCCCAUUCCGUUUGAAGGUCACUUGAGGUCAUCCUCUGAUUAAUGAGAGACUGUCGGAUAAGUUGACGGUCAUCUCUGGCAUUAGAAAGUUGCUUUCACCCUCUACCUGGCUGGGAUUUGGUCAUUCCCAGCGUCUCCUGCUUCACCUUAUUCUUCUGUACUGCUGUCUUAGAAACUUUGAGGCUGGAAACAGCCUGCCGCACGGUGUAGCCUUCCGCCAGCAGAACUAGGAUUAAACCAGGGUUUAAUUGAGCAGAUUUUUUGAGAAAUAAUUUGAGUGGUCUCAAUUUUUUCCAGUGCAGUAUACUGAAUGUCAACAAUGUUAGUUGAAUUUUGGCCGUAUCAAAAGCAAAACAUUUAAGCGGUGUUGCAGAAUGCUGAAAUUCUGCACAUACCCACCUGCAAUGGGAUGAAAAACCACCCUUUUAAGAGCACAGAAUCGCGGAUUCUAUUAAAGAUUGCCUGUUUAGUCUGAAUGAGAGAUUAAUUAUUUUUAUUGAAAAAAUAUUUUAAAACCUCAUAAUUACUUUAAUGAACUUUAAUGGAAAACAUAGUUUAUUAUUGGAAAAUGUUUUAACUAAAUAUAUUUUUUUGUGUAUUAAAUGAAAUGUACAAAAAAAGACUUUGACCCUAAUUGGACAUUCUUAGAAUUUCUAUUUUUUGCAAAAGUAUGCUGUACAAAUAUAAUUAUUUUUGUACUGCAAAUACAAGAAUAUAAUAAUAAUGAAAUGUGAUAUCAAAGAUACUAAUAUUUUGAAAAAUACAGUAGUAAUAAAUUCUCUUUAAUUGAUUGAAACAAAAUUCCUUUGUAUAUAUUGUUUUGUUCAAUGAGAUUUCUUCUUUAAAAAAUUGUGCAUGAAACAAGUAUAUAGUGUAAUUACAUUUUUUUUCUGUAUUAUAUAUAUGCCAAAAAAUGUAUGCAAUAUUAAUAUGCAUGUAUACAUAAUUUAUAUCCUUAACAACCUCUUCUAUUAAAUGUUUUAAAUUUGGCAAGGAGCAGUAAGUACUGAACAAAUGUAUAUUUAGAUAUAUAAGACUGUAAAUUGUAACAACAUUUAGAAAAAGAAAUUGAACAUUAAGAUGUAUUGGUAUGGAACAUACAGAUGAGUGCACCCACUAAACAGACACUGGAAUAUAAUUUGCCAUAAACAAGAAGAGAGAAUAAUGCCUCAACACUAUUUAAGACAAUACAAUCACUCUAUUUCUUAUUUUAGGAAUGCCUGAAUUAUGUGGAUAAUGUCAAUUUUUUAUACAAAAUAAAGACUUGACCUUCUGAUAGGGAGGACUAAUCACAAUUUUUUUUAAUUAAUUUAAAAGUAUAUAACUAUAAUAUAAUUAUUAAUAUUAGUAAGAUUAAUUUGUCAUUAUUUAGUGUAUAUCAUACAUUUUGUGCUGCAGCAAUGACAUCCCGAUAUGUGAUUUUAAAAGCAUGUGUUCAAACAAACCAUAUGUAGGCUACCAAAGCACUUAAGGAGACUCCAUACAUUGUAAGGUGACUCCUUUUUAAUUUUGUGUAGCUUGUCACCAUCUCUGUGUUCAAAGCUCCUCUAAUGUUCUGUUACUAAUUGUAUUAUUCAAAAAUAAAUGUACUCACGCUGAAAAGUU